AUGGUUGCUGAUGUACAUUUUUUGGGAUCAACCUGCACCACUCAAAUGGAGUCAGAAAAUACACAACAAGUAAAUGGAAAAGGGAAGAGCAAACAAGAUUAUAACGCUCGGAGUGUGGAAGUUAGUAGAAUGUUGUUGCAACUUAUGGUUGAUGCUGCAUCCCGUGGAUGGCGUGAUGCUAAUGGAGUCUGA